AUGAAAACAGACGAAGACGUACGGAUGAUUAGUGCUGAAGCGCCUGUGCUGUUUGCCAAGGCGUGUGAAAUGUUUAUUCUUGAACUCAGUCUUCGAGCUUGGAUCCACACUGAGGAAAACAAACGUCGCACACUGCAGCGCAAUGACAUUGCGAUGGCUAUUACAAAGACCGACGUUUUUGAUUUUCUUAUCGAUAUCGUUCCGCGAGACGAUAUCAAACCCGCUAAAAAGGGUCCAGUAGAUCCGCAGGCAGUAUAUCAACAGCAACUUCAGCAACAACAAGCAGCGAUGCUGCAGCAGCUUUUACAGACCCAACAAAAUGGUGCAGUGGCUGGGGGUCUUGCUUGGCCUAAUCAACAGUUGCAACAGCAAAUGAUUCAGCAGUAUCAAAGGAUGCAGCAGAAUGCAGUAGCGUCUAUAGGUGGUGUUUCUGCCUCAAAUGGUGCUAUACCGAAUUUGUCAUCCUCUGGUAAUGAUGGAGUUGGUCAAGCUUCGGCGAACAGUACACCUGAUGGCAAUUCAUCUACGUCUGACCAGCUCUCUUUGAACCAACGCAGUGUAGAUGUAUAA